AUGUUCUGUACAAAAUCUAUGUUAUAUCUUUUAUGGUUAUUUUAUUUGUUGUUCUUGAAUAUUGGGUUUAUAAAAUUUAAGACAUUUCAAUCAUUAGUUUUAUUUGAUAGACCUUCAAAAUGUUUAGCUGAAAUUGAUAAUUAUAACUUGAACCAUGAUAAUGACAACGAUACUAAGUUGAAUAGUAAGGAGGAAUUGGGAAAUAUGAAUAACUGUAAUGUAGAAGAUGAUGAAUUUAAAAUAUCUAAUGAUAAUAUAACCAAUAAUGAGAAAAUAUUGUGUAAAAAUGAGAAUAUGUCAAAUGAAGAAGAGUAUAAUAAUGAAGAACAGGAGAAUGAAAAAGGUACAAGUAAUUUAUUUAAUACGUCAAAUGUUGAGAAUACAAAAAGUGUUGAUACUUAUGAAUGUAUAUAUAAAUAUGGAGAAAAUAAUAAUAUAGUAUGUAUAUCUAAUUUAGAAGAAGAAGAAUCGAAAGAGAAUUAUAUAUAUAAUUGGUAUUUAGGUAAAAAAACAUUAGCAAACCUUUUAGGUUUUUCAGAACAUUUUAACAUAAAUGGGGUAAAAUAUUCAGAUUUUGAAUUAAAAUCCAUUCCUAUAAUUGGUGAUGGUAAAUCGAAAGGUAGGGUUCAAGAAAUGUUUAAAACAGUUAUCCCUUCAUAUGAUGGAGAGAAUAGAAAGGAAAUAAAAUUAUUUAUAAAAAGAAUACCUAUUGAAUGGUGGAUAAAACAAUUUAAUUUAAUGGAAAAGUAUAAUGGAGAAUAUUUAGAAAAAGCAGAGAAUUAUGUUAUGGAAGCAAUUGCAUUAUCUUUUUUAAGUGAAUAUCAUCCGGGAAUUGCACCUAAAUUAUUAAAAAUAUUAUAUGAUGGAAAAAAUAUAAAUGAACAUAUAUUGGAAGAUUAUAAAUUUAAAGAUAUAUAUGAAUUUAAUGAUUUAUUAAUUGAAAGAUUAAAUAACGAUAUGGAUGGAUAUGUUGUUAUGGUUUCUGAAUUUUUUGGUGAGGAUUUAUAUGAUUUUAAUAAAAGAUUUAAAAAUGAUAUAUCUUCUGUAAGACAUACUGAUAAAUUCAAAAAAGAUAUAGUUUAUAAAUGUUUAAAUAUAUUAGUAAGAUUACAUAAGGCAGGUUUGAGUCAUUUAGAUUUAACUGCUGAAAAUGUAUUAAUAACAGAUGAUUAUGAUAUACGUAUAUGUGACUUUGGUAAAUGUACACCUAUUUAUUCAAAUAAAUUAAGACAUUUAGAUAAAAAAAAAAAAGAAAAAAUAUACUUUUUUGAAUCAUGCGUACCAACUAUAGGAAAACGGGAAUAUACACCAAUAAGGUGUUGGAGAAUUAUAAAAAUGUUGAGAAAAAAAAAAGUUAUAGAUCCCUUUGAACAUGUGAAAUCGAUUACUAUCCAAAGGUUUAGAAAAAAAUAUUAUUUUAAUGUUUCACAAGCUGAUUAUUUUAUGCUCGGAGUUUUAUUCAUAUGGAUUUGGAACUGUGGACAUAUAUGGAAAACAACCUUUCCAUCUGAAUGUGUAAUGUUUUCAAAAUUUGUUGAUAAUAAUAUGAAUUUGGAUUGCUAUUCGUCAACAUGCUUAUGGCCAAAAGAUUUAAAAAAUAUAAUUAAGGUAUUGAUGAAAGAGGAAUACAGUGAAAAAUUGAAUAUAAAAGAUUUAAUGGAACACCCAUGGUUUCAUGAAAAAUAA